AUGGAUGCCAAUCUGAUCGCACAAACAUGCAACCAAACACCAUGUCCGGAUCUUUGCGUCUCUACCCUUCAAUCAGACCCUCGAAGCACCAAAGCAGAUGUCAAAGGCUUAGGAAUCAUAAUGAUUGAUGCAGUUAGGGCUAAGGCACGAGACGCUAAUCGCCAACUCGAGGAGCUGAUCAAUAGAGAUGUGGGAAAUGUACCCGCAGGAAAAUGCAGAUUUAACUACUCCGAUAUUUUCCAACUUGAUAUUCCUCAAGCCAUUGAAGCUUUCCCUAAAGAUGAUUAUAAAUCAGCAGAGCUAGCCAUGACUAAUGUCGUCGCAAACGCAGAUUCAUGCGAAAGAGGUUUUUCCGGCGGCAGUCCUUUCAAAGACGAAAGCCAAGCUCUCCAUGAUGUUGCUUAUGUGGUUGCAGCAAUUGCCAAAGUAUUGCGCUCUUGA